AUCCCUACACUGCCUGCACUUUGGUAUUAUAAUGUUUUCAGUACCACCAACCAUUGUCUUGUUCUACAGUUAUUAGGAAAGAUCCAUGUUUUACUACUUCAACAAAUUAAAAUUGUUGUCGAUCCGUGGGACUGACGAUCCAAGUAGCGGUUGUGACAGUGUUUUGGUUCGGGUUUUUUUGAAUUUGUAUUUGAAAAAGUGAGGAGCUGCUGUGGAGCAGAACAAGCUAGCCCUUGCUAACAAGUCGGGACAGCCGCGAGGCCUCAUCUGGACCAGAACUCGGUGAAGCCAUGGCCAACAUAGCAGUCCAAAGGAUAAAACGGGAGUUCAAGGAGGUGCUUAAAAGCGAAGAGACCAGCAAAAACCAGAUAAAGGUCGAUCUGGUGGAUGAAAACUUCACAGAACUUAAGGGGGAAAUAGCAGGCCCCCCUGAUACACCGUAUGAAGGAGGUAGAUAUCAACUUGAAAUAAAAAUUCCAGAGACAUAUCCAUUUAAUCCACCCAAGGUGCGGUUUAUCACAAAGAUCUGGCAUCCCAAUAUCAGCUCAGUAACAGGUGCAAUAUGUUUGGACAUUCUUAAAGACCAGUGGGCAGCUGCUAUGACAUUGAGGACGGUCCUCUUGUCUUUGCAAGCUUUGCUGGCGGCUGCAGAGCCAGAUGAUCCGCAGGAUGCAGUGGUAGCCAAUCAGUACAAGCAGAAUCCAGAGAUGUUUAAACAGACGGCGAGACUCUGGUCUCACGUUUAUGCAGGCGCUCCAGUCUCCAGUCCGGAGUACACACGCAAAAUAGACAAACUCUGUGCCAUGGGCUUUGAAAAAAAUGCAGUAAUAGUGGCGUUGUCAUCAAAAUCCUGGGAUGUGGAGACGGCGACAGAGCUCCUGCUCAGUAACUGAAAAUUGGUGCCCGCUUCAUCCGAGUCUUGAACCCCAUUUUUCUCUCUUCACACACACAUGCACACAUGCACAAACACAACGUUGUCAUCCAAGUUUCGGCUGUCUGAAGACGUUUUUUCUGGAACCCUCUGUUUGACAGCAGACUCACCUCCACUCCUCCCCAGUUCGCCCAUCCUGUCACACAUAUACUGUACCGCACUCCAAUCAACUGCUCUGUGAGCGUUGACCUCUGGUCCCUUUCAUGCUGGUUCAACGUUCAGCUCGGUUCUACAAUCAGAAGCCCAUGUCACCUCCUUCAAGAGCAAAGUCCAGAGUAAUAGCCCUUCCCCACAUCUGUCCGUGUAUCUCCCUGCUUUUUGUUUUGGUUCAGUCCAAGAAGCAGCUGUUAUCAGCUUAUUCUUGCCUAUGCAGUGCAUAUUUUUUCAUCUUUGAUCACCUUUUUUGUUAUGCUUUUUAGGAGUGAGCCAAGAGUUUUCAUAUUUUGUUGAUCUGGUCAAGACUUGAGACACUUUGUGUCUGUCUUCUAAACAGUGAAGAAGUUGGAUCAUACCAUUUUAAAAUACAUCUCUUUCUAUUUUUUUUACAUUUGAAAUUAUGACUCCCUUACAAUAAGUCCUCUUAAAACAGAAAAGUGCAUCUUUACUGAGUUAUUUUUUCGACGUUACACAUGUGGUGUUGAAAUCCGGGCAAACUAUUGAAUUGUGGGCAAUCGCAGGAAAAUGGAGUAUGCCCCGAUUGCCCUAAUAUGCAUGAACUAAACACAUUAUGCAUCGCACCAUGUAUCAUACAGGUUGGCUUUUUCCAUACACCAGAGACCCGUUCAAAGCGUCUUCCCGGUGUUCACACAGCAGCAGUGAUGCUCCUCUCCUGAAGGGGGCUCCACUGCAGUCUGGGGGAGAAGCCUAUUUCUACACAUGUUGUUGACUUUUUUUUUUAAGUGUCCCAACACCACAUCUAAAGCAAUCCAUUAUUUUGCCCUUAAACCUACAAAAAUUUUAGCAGAAGUUUUCAACCAAUCCUCUACAGUAACACAACCUGUGACAAGUCUGGAUGUCAACUGUUCAAAAUGACUUUGAAUGCAUCAUCUUAAUCACACAAACGGAUAAAUGUCAAUGAUCCAUCUGUAAAUAAAGAUAUUAAAGUCAGUGUAAAUUAA